UCGAGCGAAAUGAAUUUGCUGACGAAGCAAACCGACGAGUUCUAUCGCAAGAUGCUGUUUAAGGAAGCCCUGCGAACGGGCUUCUUCGAGUUCCAGUCUGCCCGAGACAAGUACCGAGAGCUGUGUGGUGCCGACGGUAUGCACGUGGAGCUGGUGCUGGAAUUCAUCCGCCGUCAGGCACUAUUGAUCGCUCCGAUCUGCCCGCACGUGGCCGAGCACAUUUGGAGUGACCUGUUGGGCAAUAAGAAGUCGAUUCUACAUGCCACCUGGCCUACUGUGGGAGCAAUUGAUGAAAGGAAGAUCAAAUGCAGCGCCUACUUGAUGGAAACAGCUCACUCAUUCCGUUUGGCUUUGAAGAACGCCACGCAGCAAGGAAAGGCCAAGGGAGGCAAGCAGCAGGCGCCUGUGGCCAACGUGGUUAAGCCGAGCGAAGGAACCGUGUGGGUGGCAAAGACGUUCCCUCCUUGGCAAUCGUGUGUCCUCGAUACAAUGCGUGCCCUCUAUGAAGCCAACGGUGGAGGAUUGCCAGACAAUAAGAUUCUUGCGACCGAACUCGCUCGAAAGGAGGUGUUGAAGCGGUACACCAAACGCGUGAUGCCGUUCGCACAGAUGGUCCGUGAGCGCGUUGAAUCGGUCGGUGGUCCGGGAAAGCAGGCGAUGGAUGUGACUCUGGAUUUCGACGAGUGUGAAGUGCUCGCUGCUAAUGCCGAGUAUCUGCGCAACACGCUCGAGCUGGAAACGCUGACUUUCCGCUACACGGAUGAUCCGGAUACGCCGGAAAAGAUGCGCGAAGAAGUGCGACCCGGUGUACCGUUCAUCGUCUUCACUACGAAACCCUUCGUGACGGUGACGUUGGAAAAUCCGGUCGAACGUUCAGGAUUGUUCACGGUCACUCUCAAUCUCUCCGAUGGUGACACCAGCCAGACGCUAAAGGAAAAACUGGCCAAGCAGCUCGGAUUCAAAGCGGAUCUAUCUGCACUGGAAAUACUGCGCUUCGAAGACCCAGUGCUCGGACCGAGGAGGCUGCCAACCUUCCAAGACUAUCGUAGCGGCAAAGUCCCGGUUGAGAACGGUACGUUCGUGGUAGAACCGGAGAAAAAGGAAGUCCGGCUGACCAACGGCUCCAUAAAGAACCUCAACACCGGAACAAGUUUCAUUUACGUGAUAAACUGAAUUACGCCACGGCCAGACGGGGCAGUUGAAGUCAUCUGUAUACCGUCGUAACCGAAAUAGACGGAAUAAUGUUAAAAAAUACAGCUUAUGAAUAAAGGAAACGUAUGUUUAUUACGAGAGGAUCAA